AUGUUUUUUUUAACACCAUUUUUUUGGAUUAUUGAUAAAGUUAUCAAAAAUAUAGAAAUUGGAAAAGGAAAAUUUUUAUUAAAAAUUAAUUAUCCAAAAAAAUAUCAUGAACAGAAGGUAAAUAAAUUACGUGAAGAGUUUAAAAAAAAUUUAAAUAAUGAUAAGUUACCUGAUAUGUCUAUAAGAAAUCAAAUGAAUGGUAUUCUAGAAGUUAAUCUAUUAGAAAAAUUUAUAGUUGUUGAACCUUUUGUUACAAUUAAUCAAGUAAUUGAAAUUUUAUCAGAAACAAAUUUAAUUCUUCCAUGUAUGUCUAGUGAUACUAGUAUGACUAUUAAUGAAAUGAUAGAGAAUGGUUGUGUUGGAUCAGAUUCCAAAAAAUAUGGUCUUUUUCAUCAUACAUGUUUUGAAUUUGAAAUUUUAACAGCUAAAGGUGAUGUUGUUAUGGCAAAAAAAAAUGGUGGAAUUGGAAGUGGAAAUAAUAAUGCCUUAUUUUAUGGAAUACCUUUAUCAGGAAAUUCUAUUGGUAUAUUGUUAUCUGCAAAAAUUAAAUUAGUUGAUAAAGAAAGUAUUGUUAAAUUUUCAUAUAAACCUGUAAAUAUAUCAGAAUUAGGAUAUGAAAUAAAAUUAUGUGGAGAAAAAAAUAAGGAGGCAGACUUUAUGGAUAUAAUAAAUAUUGAUAAUACAAAUUUUAUUAUAGCUAUUGGAGAUAUGAUAAAAUAUAAAGAAGGUUUAAAAUUAUCUAACAAUUGGAAAAAUAAUUAUAAUUAUUGUUUAAAGGAGAGAAAAGAAAUUAUAUGCUAUAUGAAAUUAGAUUGUUAUUUACGUAGAGAAGAAAGUAGUAUUCAUGAUAGAAGUAAACUAAGAAAAAUUUUAAGUAAAAGAUUAUGGAAAUAUAAUGAAAUUCAUAAUGAUUAUUUGGUACCAUUAAAUAAUGUUGAAUAUAUUUUAUCUAAGUUAAAUGAAUUAAAUUUAUCUUCAAAAUGGAUGACAUUAGUAAAUGUUCCAUCAAUACCUGGUCUUAUUCGUCAACGUUGUGGAAGAAAUAUAUAUUAUCUUAACAUUCGUAUAAAAAAUGAAGUUCAUUUUUCAAAAAGUUUAAAGCUAAAAGAUUUAUUAAUUAAAUUUGAGGAAGAAAUUUUUAACAAGAAUGGUUUUGAAUUAAUGAGUAAUUCAAUGUCAUUGUCGCAGAAAAAUUUCUGGUUGAUGUUUGACUCUUCUCUUUAUCAAUGGUUACGUGCUAAAUAUGGAAGUAAGGCAUUGUUUAUAGAUAUUUUUCAAAAGAAAAAUGAAAGAAAUAUUGUUAAUUAG